AUAAAUACCCCCCCCCCCUCCUCAUUUUCCAAGAGUCCGGGGGAUGUCUCGUAUCUUUGGAUAGUUUUGUGGAAAGAUUUAUAUAGUAAAUGCAUUAUUUACUUUUGGAGGGGAGGUGGCAGUAUAAGAGUAUGCUAAUUAGAUUUUUUUUGGGGGGGGGGGGGUUGGUUGGUUGGUAAGGGGUGGAAUAUCAAUUUUUAUUGCAUCACCUGUCAGGAGUGUCCAAUCAGCGUUGGCUUUAGGGGAAUUAAUUGAUGAAGGUGUCUGAGGACGGGCUCACUUCACUCUGUCAUUUUAUUUGGAGUAAAAGCAGCGGCGGGAAUAGCAGCUGCUCCAGUCUCUCUCUCUCUCUCUCUCUCUCUCUCUGCUGGGCACAUUCCAUUAUUCAAGGGGGUCGCUAAAUGGAGCAGGAGGCUUUAAAAGGAGUGGACACAGGUAUUGGGAACACAGCGCAGGAAGGCGCUCCAACAAUGGGAUUGUUUUAUUGCUAGCGUUUAAUCGCUGCUCUCGCAGUGUGCGCGCUUGUACAGCAGGAUGCCAUGAGACUGACUAGGAGGCCGCCUUUGCGCUUUCGCUUGCCUGGCCCAUGCAAUGGGAGAUCUGGAGUCGGGCUAUGAAGUGGUGGAUGGAGUGAAGCUCGGCUACCUGCUCAUUCGGGGGAAGCAGAUGUUCGCCCUGUCUCAGGUUUUCACCGACCUGCUGAAGAACAUCCCCAGGACGACGGUGCACAAGCGCAUGGAUCACCUGCGAGUGAAGAAGCACCAGUGCGACGUGGAGCAGCUGCGCAAACUCAAGAAGAUCAACUCCAUCGCUUUUCACGCGGCCAAGUGCACUCUGAUCUCCCGGGAGGACGUGGAAGCGCUUUACGGCUCGUGCAAGACCGAGAGGCUCCUGAAGACAAAAAGGAGGAGGCUGAGCAGGGCCCUGGCAACAAAGGACUUGAGAGAGGAGCCCCCGACCCCCGACCCCUACUGCGGCUUUUGGAAAGAGGACAAACUUUGGCUCGGAUUGAAUGAACAGCCAAUAAAGAGAAAAGAAUUCGCCUAUGAGCCGGGAGUGAUACCGGCGGCUGAUCUACCUCGUUUUAUUAGUAAAUACACUGGUCACAGCUUCCCGCAAAUAAACAGGAUCCCUGGCAAAAUCCCUGUGAACUAUGAAACUGCCCCCGUGCUCCCAGGAGACUGUGUCUCUGCAUUUCCCUAUCUCAGGGGCGUUGUGUGCAGCAAACACCCAGCCUACUACUAUCAUUCCGCCAUUGCCCAGCCCAAGCUCGCCUGUCCCGCCGCCACUUACAGGCACAGGAGGAAACGACCCUCCGCCGACCCCAGGAAACUCCUGCUCCUGCCCAAGUCGUACAGAUGCAAGGGGACCCCGGUGUGCCUGGAGCGCAUCCACCUCCUCCAUGGCUUGUGCAGCCAGCACUUGUCGCCGGACAGCAGCGACUCCGACUCCAGCUGUUACUCCGCUAACGAUUCGGACUUCGGCUCCAGCCUCUCCAGCAGCAGCAACUCCGGCUCCUCAGACGAGGAAGAAGAAGAAGAGGAGGAAGAUGAAGAGGAGGAGGAGGGCAGCCUGUCGGAGUCCAGCGAGCUCAGUUCGGAGGAGGAGAGCACUUCGGACUCGGACAGCAGCUCUGUCUCCAGCCAGGUGUCGGUGGAAAGUAUUCGCUUCCGCAGAACCAGCUUCUCCAGCCCGACCCCGCCUAACCUCCUGUACAACCGUUUCUCCCUGACCCCGAGCCCCGGUGCUGCUGUUAGUAAGGCAGCUCAAUGUGAAAUUAAAUCUGAAUCCCAGGAAGAGUGGUGCCAGCAGCAAGCCUGGGGGUCGCCGGCCCCCUCCACGUGUUCUGCUCCUGGCCUUGCAGAGAUAAGGAGUGAUAGGGCCUGUCUGUCUGUCUCUGGCUUUCCUUCAAACGCCCAGAGAACUGACCUAACCAUUAACUGUGUUACACCGAGUCCAAAGAAAAACAAUGAAUUUCCCCAACACAAACUCCACAGAGAGGCAAAGCAGUGCCUUCAAUCAACUGUCACACAAUGCGCGCAAUACAAUACCCCCAGCUCUGCAUCCGCUCCGACCCCCUCGGAAAAAAGUCCCCAACUCUCAGCGGAUUUCCCCACCGACCCUCCCAGUGGCCUCAGCCCAUGCACUGAUUUCCCCUUUCUGCACAACGUUCGCAUUAAAACCGAGGAGAUUAGCGCAAACGACGAGUUAGAGUACGGGGCGAGCCAUAAGCUCAUGUACGAGUGCAAUGUUGCCAAGGACGAGACUGACAGCGACGGGGGCGACAAUAAAUCACAAGGGGGGUUAUGCACUGAACAACAAACCACUUCUCCCAAUCAGCUCCCUCCAUGCACUUUAGCUUUCCCCAAACCCGAGGAAGGAGUCUAUAAAUUUGGUGCUAAAGUCAGAAAGAAUUACAGGACACUGGUGCUGGGGAAACGAGGCCUCCUGCAGCAGCAGCCUCCCCCGGGCAAACCAAAUCUGAAAUCCGUCAGGAGCCCUCGACCCCAAGGGAAAAGUGACUUGUGUGAAGGAACACUGGAUCGUUUUACAGCGACCAACAGGCGUAAAAGGUUAGCCAACAAUGUAGCAUCCACCCUAAAGAGACCCUUUCAUUUCAUGGCGAAUUUCCCAGGUUCACCAUCGCUAAUUAUUGGCAAAGAUGGGGAUUUGCUCCCUGCCUAUUCCCUGAACAGCACAAAGGAUUCUUGCCCACCCAACAAGGCCCAUCCUAUCUGGAAAUGGCAGUUGGGUAGUUCUGCUAUACCUCUCCCACCUAGUCACAAAUUCAGGAAAUAUCACUCCUAAAGGAUAUGGGAAUAUUUGUUCUUUCAACAUUUUUUUUUUUAAUUAUUUUUUAAUUAUUAUUAUUAUAUUUCAACAACAAAUGGUUGUAUCAGCCUGGUGUUUUUUUUUUAAUUAUUAUUAUAUUAUUUUUUUGGAUUUCUGACAUCUCAUCGAGAAGGAAUAUGGGAAUAAUAUUUGCAUUUUGCAAUCUGGAGAUUUUUUGUUUUUGUUUUCCUUUGAUUACAUUCCACAGACUGCAAAGGGGGACUUACAAUAUGAACCUGAGAAGUUGGAACACUCUGAUUUUGGCAUUUGUUUCAAUACCUCAAUUCCUCUGCAACUUGCAAAAAUAAAUGAAAUAAAACACACACCCCAAUAUGAGCCAUGGCAGUGCUGCACUAGAUUGGGCAAAGUGGAAGUCUGAUUAUUGGUUGCACAGUUUGGGAUUUCCUUGCAUUAAUACUCGGGUGAGAUUGGGUUUAUCUCCCCUCCCUCCCUACCAGCAGUUGCACUUACUUGUUGUUUUUUUUAUCUAUAAACUGGAAUGGGCCUGGAUUUGAGUUUAACUCAGGCACUUGAAAUGCUGCCUCACCAACUAGUAAAUAAAUGUCAUUGUAUUUUUGUUA